AAUCAGUUAUAGUCCGUUCAUAAUGGCGUUCACAACGAGAGCCUUUGUAUUUGUUUUUAUAUUGUUAACGAUAAGCGCAUCACAAGUUGAGAGUGAUUGUGUCUUCGACAGUGAUUGUAGUACUUGGACCGCGAAUAAAUGCUGUAACGGAAAAUGCAAAUACAGCUGUUGUAUUUUUGAUAGGGAUUGCCCAAAUGGAGAAUCUUGUUGCUCUGAUGACAAAUGUUCGUCUAGUUGCAUUGGAAAAUCUUGUUCAUAUAACUCAGACUGUGGUUCGGACGAAUGCUGUGAUGCCGAUGGUACUUGCUCCGUUUAUUGUUAUGAUGGUCUUGCUGGUUGGAUUAUCGCCGUCAUUGUGAUCAGUAUUAUUGUCGUUAUCGUUAUACCCGUUGCAAUUGCAAUAUUUUGUUGUUGUUGUGCUGCUACAGCAGCAGCAUCUUCUACACGACGUGUUCAGGGUGGCGUGAUAGUUGCUGGACCGCCGGCUACAACUGGAACUACAGUCGUUACAAGCAAUCAUCAACAGAAUCAACAAUACUUUAUGCCACAACAGGCGUAUUAUCCCCCAGCUCAAACUUAUCCCAAUCAACAACCACCACCGUAUCAACCCCCUCAACAACCAACUGUAGUGGGAAUGCCAUCCCAACAGCCAGACAAAAAAACAUAUUGAACACUGUGGACAAGCAUUUGUUAAAGAUCGCAAAAAGUCUGUGAGGAGACACUAAAAGUUACUGCUACUUUGAUUAUUAGUUGUAGAUUUAUCAUACUUGGUGAUAAAAAUAAAAAUAACACUGUGA